GGGGUCAUUUCGGGUAUCUUAUCUUCAAAGAACAAACGUAAAUUCUUGUCAUCAUUUAUGGAAAAGUAAUCUUUCCCAUUGUACAACAUGGUUUUUUUCCCCUUAAGUAAAAAAGAAAGGAAAUAAAUCAUCGAGAUUUUCCUUUUAAGUAGCCAUCAACACGCUUCAAGGAACACGUAACUAGAUUACUCCUCUCUUUACUGUCUUCUAACUACCGUCAGUUCCAUCAACCAUUUUUCUCUGUUUUGCUAAGCUUUUCUUAGACUCCAAUGGCAGAUGCUCCGACUGUCCCAGUAUGAAACUCUUUACUUUAUUUUAUUUUAUUUAUCUUUUUCAUGGUUUUUAACCUUUGCUUUUAAUCUCAUUGCAGAGUUGUGUUUUGAAAGUGAACGCCCAUUGCUGUCCUGCAUGUCCCAAGAAAGUGAAGAAAAUGUUGCAGAAAAUCAAUGGGGUGAAUGCCGUCGACAUAGAUACCGAAAACGGGCUGGUCACUGUUCAUGGCAUUGUCCAACUCUCUACGCUCAUUCAAACGAUAUCAGAAAAGAUGGGCAAAAAAGCAGAGCUUUACGCCUACGAGAAGAACCCCGAGACUAGAAACGAGAAACUAGACAAUGACAACACUUGUUCUGCUUGUAAAUACGAGGAAAAGAACCAAACAUGUUCUUUUGCUGAUAAAUCUAAUGACGGUAAAGCUAAAGACCCUGUCCCACAAGGACCCGAAGUAUCGAAUCACCCACAACUUAUCACGGAAAAGAAGAAACACUGGCUUGGUGGUUGGUUUGGCAAGAAGAGCAGUGUUGAACCAAGAAUGUUUGGCAGUUUUCGAGGAGCAAGGCCAGGGUGUUACUCAUGGCUGCCGCCACCACCAUUACCACCUGCAUUUCAACUGCCACCAUAUAGAUGUGGACAAUAUCGACCAGUUUAUCCUUACUCGCCACCUUACCGGAUAACACAGCCGCCGCGACCAUAUCCCUAUGAUUUCUAUGAGGAUACGGAACCGCCAAUAGGCAACUCUGUUUUUCACACAUUUCGUGAUGAUAAUGUUAAUGCUUGCAGCAUAAUCUGAGCUGUGUGCUGUAAACUUGACUACUUUCAUUGAUUUAUGACUAUUUUUUCCAUGUUGUCCCGGAAA